AUGGAUGCACAAGGAGAAAUGAAGGAACGGAACGCAGUUAUUCUCGUGGAAGGUGCCUUCUAUACAGUUGUAAAAACAGCCUCUUUGGAGUGCCCGGCACGCACCGUGUCGUUGCAAAAGGCGCCCACUGGGGCCCCCGUCUUGUGGCACGUGCUGCCCCAGUUUCCCUUUCGAUUCGUACUGCCCGCCCCUGGGGGAGUUCGCCGAGCGAGCAACGGGAAUGCUUCGGCAGCUCGCACCGCCCCCGGUCCAUCCACCGACCCUCGCUGGGAAUUCGUUUCAGUCAACCCAAGAAUAUCUGUUCUAACACUGGACGUAAAGCAUAUUAAGGCGACUUUUGUGAACUGUCAUGCUCCCACGGAGGAGAGCGAAAGUGAAGUGAAAGACGAGUUAUAUGCACAGCUAGAGGCAGUGAUGGACGCUUUGCCAAAUGGUCACCUGAGGAUCCUCCUUGGUGAUAUGAAUGCCAAGUGCAAAGGAAGAACGGGGCCUAAGUUAAAAAGAGUGGAAAGGUACCAUGUGGAGAAACUAAAAGAUGAGGCAACGAGGACCGGAUAUCAGUUGCAACUUAGUAACCGCUUUGAAGCACUCAGUGAAAUGGACGCGAAUCAGGACCUUGAACUAAUGUGGGGAAACAUCCAGAGCUCAGUUAGGGAUACAGCAAAGGAAACACACAUAGGAUACCCAGUGGGCAAGAAGAUCUGGUUUGGACAGGAAUGUGCAGAUGCCCUGGAAAGGAGAAAGGAAGCCAGGAGCAAGUGGCUGAAGGGGACAAAUCUAGCACAGGGCAAAGCACAAUUUGAGGAGGUCCGAAAGACUACACAAGCAAUUCUGAGAAGAGCAAAGAGGAAAUACAUAAGGGAUAUCAUCAUUGAAGCAGCAACAGACUUCAGAGGACAAAAGACUAGGGAAAUGUUUCUGAAGGUGAAGUACCACUGCAAAGGUCACCAGGCCAAGCAGAAAUUUGUCAAAGAUUCCCACGAUAAGAUCCUGACGAACGAUAGGGACAUAGCUGAGAGAUGGAAAGAGUACUUUCGACAGCUGCUAAAUUGUGAUGAACCCGAAAUGCAGUUUGAUUUCCAGUACCCAACUACAGCCGAUGCACACUAUCCCCCAUCUACCCUGGAUGAGAUAAAAAUCAGAAUCAGGCACCUUAAACAGAAUGAGAUACAGGUCGUGCUGCUGUGUGCGGACCCCAGCACCGUCAGGGAGAUCCUGCUUGCCGCCGAGGAGCUCAACAUGGUGGGCAGCGGAGAGUACGUCUUCUUCAACGUCGAGCUCUUCAACAGCAGCGAUGACGUGACGCAGCCGUGGCUGGUGCCCGGGGAACCCCCGGAGCGCAACGAGCGCGCGCGCCGGGCCUACGAGGCGCUGUUGACGGUGACGGCGGCGACGCCGCACAGCGACGCCUACCGCAGCUUCUCGCAGCAGGUGAAGGAGGUGGCUCGCGCCGACUACAACUACACCUUCGGCUCCGAGACCAUCUCGACGUUCGUGACGGCCUUCUACGACGCCGUACUGCUGUACGCCAUCGCUCUCAACGAGACGCUCUUCUACGGCGGUUCUGAGAUGGACGGACAGGCCGUCGUCCGCAGGAUGUGGAACAGGACCUUCGCAGGAAUCGCAGGCAACGUGUCUAUUGAUGAGAAUGGAGACCGCAUCACAGAAUAUGUGCUGAAAGAUUUGAAUCCCGUCACACAGCAGUUCGAGACGGUGGUUCACUACAGCAGGGGUGUACUGCACCACAUCCGGCACAGAAGCAUACACUGGCCAGGUGGGCGAACGGAACCACCGCUGGACACCCCUCAGUGUGCGUACGAUGGAUCACUAUGUCCGGAUCUCUCCCUGCCGGACUACGCUCUCCUCAGCAUCAUCCUAAGCUCAGCAGUGAUAAUCCUAGCCGUGGCUUCCGUCGUCACGUACAGGCGCUACCGGCUGGAGGCGGAGAUCGCGUCCAUGACGUGGCGCGUCCAGUGGCACGACCUGCUGCUGCUCUCCCACGGCCGCACACGAGGGAGCCUCACCAGCUUCGGGAAGCGGCGCGGCAGCCAGGCGACAAUCUCGGAUGAUGAUUUCAGCAUAGGUGAUGGAAACAAGCAGAUGUACGUACAGACAGCUAUCUAUAGGGGCUCGAAAGUUGCUCUUAAAGAAAUAAACAAAAAGGUGGAACUAAACAGAGCGCUCCUUCUCGAACUGAAGAGGAUGAAGGACCUGCACCACGACCACCUGGUGCGCUUCCUGGGCGCCUGCGUGGACCCGCCCAACUGCUACCUGCUGACCGAGUACUGCCCCAAGGGCAGCCUGCAGGACAUCCUGGAGAACGAGCAGAUACAGCUCGACUGGAUGUUCCGCUACAGCCUCAUGCACGACAUCGUCAAGGGCAUGAGCUACCUGCACGCGAGCGACAUCCGCUCGCACGGCAACCUCAAGUCGUCAAACUGCGUGGUGGACAGCCGCUUCGUGCUCAAGAUCACCGACUUCGGCCUGCACUGCCUGCGCGGAGGCGUCUGCGACGAGUCGGACGACCAGGACUCGUACGCCUACUGGAGCCGACUCCUUUGGACGGCUCCAGAGCUGCUUCGGAUGCCGCAACGGCCGCCGGAGGGCUCCCAGAAGGGAGACGUGUACAGCUUCGCCAUCAUCGUCCACGAAAUAAUUACCCGGCAGGGGCCAUUCUUCGUCGCCGACAAACAUUAUACCCCAAGGGAGAUCGUGCAGCGCGUACGCGCGGGAGACCGUCCGAGCUUCCGUCCGUCGCUGGAAGGCGGCGCUGGCGGCGGCGCUGGUGGCGCGGACGGCGGCGGGCAGGCGCAACUGCAGCUGCAGCGGCUGCUCCGCCAGUGUUGGGCCGAGGAGCCGCAGGAGCGGCCCGACUUCAGCUCGCUCAAGGGUGCCAUCCGCAGGCUCAACAAGGAGAACGAGCGCGGCAACAUCCUGGACAACCUGCUGUCGCGCAUGGAGCAGUACGCCAACAACCUGGAGGCUCUGGUGGAGGAGCGGACGUCCGACUACCUGGAGGAGAAGCGAAAGUGCGAGGAACUGCUGUACCAGCUGUUGCCCAAGUCGGUGGCGAGCCAGCUGAUAAUGGGUCAGGCGGUGAUAGCGGAGACGUACGACAGCGUCACCAUCUACUUCAGCGACAUCGUUGGCUUCACCGCCCUCUCAGCCGAGAGCACGCCAAUGCAGGUGGUGGAUUUGCUGAACGAUCUCUACAGCUGUUUCGAUUCAAUCAUUGAAAAUUUCGACGUAUACAAGGUCGAGACCAUCGGCGACGCGUACAUGGUGGUGUCGGGGCUGCCGGUGCGGAACGGUAUGCUGCACGCCCGCGAGGUGGCUCGCAUGGCGCUGGCGCUGCUGCAGGCCGUGCGGGGAUUCACCAUCCGCCACCGGCCGCACGACCAGCUCAAGCUGCGCAUCGGCAUCCACACAGGUCCCUGCGUGGCUGGCGUGGUGGGCCACAAGAUGCCCCGCUACUGCCUCUUCGGGGACACCGUCAACACCGCCUCCCGUAUGGAGUCCAACGGCCUGCCACUGAAAAUACACGUCAGCUCUGACACGAGGAAGCUACUGGACACAUUUGGAUUCUUCCAUUUGGAAGAACGAGGAGAAAUAGAGCUUAAGGGCAAGGGCGUAAUGAGGACCUUCUGGCUGCUUGACGAAGUGCCGGCGGCAGCGAACGGGCCCAUUAUGCGCAUACAGUCUGGCAGCUUCAAGACGAGGGGUGAGCGGCUCUGAAGGGCCGGUGGUCCAUCGUCGAUGGAGAGCGCCACUGCCUGGAAGCUCCACACACACUCACACAGGCGGCCUGGCUCAUCUCUCUCCGCACUUCCGUCCAACGCCAAGCAGAGUCGAGGAACACAUUGGCGGAAUCAUACCCCCAUUUUCCUGUAUGCGCAGAAUACUGUCUUAGAAAAAAUUGUGUACUAUCAAAUUGGGAUACGAAAGUUCGGUUCCGGAAAACAGAGGGAAAUGACAGUAAACGAACGAUUCCACGUCGCUAGACACGCAGCGAUGUGUAAGUCACAUUGUCAGAACAUCACACACUCUGUUCACACGUGUGACGAGCUGAAGACUUGUGGCGUGACCGUGUGCGAAACACGACUGCCUGCCGAGAAUGUUCGGAAUAGAUAAACGAAGUCUCCAGGAUUUUGUUGCCCGUAGAAUUUGAUAAAGUGACCUACCGUUAUGCUUGCCAUUAAAUUGUGGAUCAAAAAUUCACAGUGUGUUGAG